UUACUCAAGGAAGAAGAUGAAUUUGAAUAUAAGCAACUUCUCAAAACUUCAGUGAUAGCUUCUAACUCACUCGACAGUUCUCUCGAAUUACGAAGUAGCAACAAGAAUUGUUCGCUAGCCUUGACACGGUACCAAGAAGAGCAAAGGCUUAUAGAGCCGAUUCCCAAUCAAGAGAGAAAGAAUUCGGUUCAAGAAGAAUUAAAAACAUUGUAUCAAGUGAUCCCAAUGUCAAAUGAAGAUAAUUAUCUUAAUGUUAAAA